AUGGAGUAUGUUAUCAUUGGAGAUGGGACUGAACCACCUAAGGAAGUCCAUGUCAGAAUAGAACCAGGAACUCAGGAGGAAGUGGAGAAGCCACCUGAAGAACCAAGAGUGUAUGAGCCAAAGAUCCCAUACAGAAAUGUUCUUUCUCAACCCAAGAAGGAGAAGGAGCAAGCAAAGCUCAAGGAUCUUGUUAGCCAACUUUCAAAUCGCAUGCCAGAGAAGCUGAACGACCCAGGGAGUUUUGUUUUGUCUUGCAAGAUCGGUUCUACACACUUCCAUAGAGCACUUUGUGAUUUGGGUUCUAGUGUGAACCUAAUGCCUUACUCAGUGGCCAAGCUAUUGGGCAUCACUGACUUCAAACCUACAAAGAUCUCUCUAGUCUUUGCAGACAGAUCUGUUCGCCGCCCUGUUGGUGUUAUUAUGGAUGUUCCAAUCAUGGUUGGAGAUUGCUACAUCCCUGCUGAUUUUGUAGUUCUUGAGCUGGAACACCAACCUAAAGACCCUCUUAUCUUGGGAAGGCCAUUCCUAGCUACUGCAGGAGCUAUAAUAGAUGUCAAGAAUGGAAAGAUUGACUUGCAUCUUGGAGAUAUAGUGAUGAAUUUCGAAGUAAACAAGUCUAUGGAGAAACCAACUGUAGAUGGUCAAGCUUUUUGGAUUGGAGAGCUCGCAGAGACAAGAGAAGAAGUGCUGGAUGAACUCCUUCUUAUUGAUCCCUUGGAGCUAGCUUUGACAAAGGCUGAGAAUGAAGAAGAGGAAGAGCCAGACAUUGACAAGAGUCAGGAAGUAUCACAAACCAAAGUUAAGUUCGACCCAUGGUGCCCACUUAGAGCUCCAAAAGCCGAGCUAAAACAACUCCCAGUUGGUCUAAGGUAUGAAUAUCUUGGUCCUAAUGAAACAUAUCCUGUUAUUGUUAAUGCUGCACUAACAAAAGAAGAGACCGCUUUACUUGUUCGCGAACUGAGAAAGCAUAGAAAGGCUCUUGGUUAUUCUUUGGAUGAUUUAACAGGAAUCUCACCUGAACUAUGCACACAUCGCAUCAUCCUGGAGGAUGAGUCUAGUUCUUCAAUUGAACACCAAAGGAGGCUAAACCCCAACCUAAAGGAAGUUGUCAAGAAGGAGAUAAUGAAGCUGCUAAAGGCUGGAGUGAUUUAUCCAAUAUCAGAUAGUGCAUGGGUCAGCCCUGUACAUGUCGUGCCAAAGAAAGGAGGGAUCACAGUCAUCAAGAAUGAACAUGAUGAGCUCAUUCCAACAAGGACAAUCACUGGACACAUAAUGUGUGUCGACUACAGGAAGCUGAACUCUUCCACGCGCAAGGAUCACUACCCCUUUAUGGAGGUUCACAUUUCAUAA